UUGUCUAGACAGCUUCUGAAACAAUGAAUUAUUCAGUGAAUUCCAAUGCAGGUAAACCAUAUCUCUGUAAUAAAGAUGCUAAUUUCAACACUAAAUGUUGGCUUCACUGUACAAAUAGAUUAGCAGUCUCAGUGUACGAUCAGGUUAAUGAAAUUCACAGAGCACUGAAAGCAAGAAUAAAUUACCUAGAGCCAAGACUCAUACAUAUGUAUACAUACACAUGUAUUCACACUUGUGCAAAACUGGAUAUAUUCUUUAGCUAUACAGAGCAAAAUAAAUAGGUAGCGAGAUAGAUAAUCAUACUUGUUUCAGAUGUUUUAUUUUUGCCUUCAAUUCUGCAUGAUAUUUUUUUCUAAGGCCUUUAAAGAUACUCACCAGCAGUAGUCACAAAGGUAAUCAAAAAACCAGUUUAGUGCAACUCAAAUGCUGUCAUUCAGACUGUAAGGAGGACCACUUCCUCAGUGCAUUGUUUCAUCAGCACCUCAAUGCAUAUUCGCACAGUGUAAUCACAUUCCACUAAACAAUAUCACUUCACACACUUGGUUAUAAAAGUUCUCUCUCUUUGGGACAAAGUAUCAGAAGAACUAGCUGAUUGACCACUGUUGGCAUUAAAUCCAUUUGACAAAGCAGUAAUGACUGGCACUGGAUGAGUGUGGCUUGCAGUGUGCAGUCAUUGCCUUUUGGACCUUGCAGCGCCCUCAAGCUGGGUCUCAAUGUGGAGCAAAGUUAGCAAGCACAGUGGCACAGCAUGCAAGGGCUGUGUGGCAAAUCCUUGAGCUGAAGGGUUACAAGCUGCCUGAUGACGGAGCUUUGAUCUGUUGCACUCACCUUGCCAGCCAGUGCAGUAGGGGCCUACAGUGGUUUGAGCUCUGAAUGUGAUAAUAGUAUGCUAUCAAAGCCUUAAUUUUAAGUUCUGAACCAGAUUUCUACUUAACCAUAAUAUGUGCUAUAAAUAUGUGAGCACUGAGUCUUGGAUGAGAUAGCAUUAUGAGGGAGAAGUGAAAGAAGCAGAAGGGAAGGAAAGGGAAAGGGAAACCAGUUAGUGUUUCUGACACAGGUUUCACUGAGCAGGUAGUUUUCCAGUACAGUGAUAGCAUUUAAAAAUGUACAGUGUGAAGGGAUUACAUGCAUUUAUAUACACUGCAAUAUGUUUUACAUAUAUUCUCUGGGGAAGUUUCCUUUUUCAAGAAAGAAUGAGCUUGCAAGUAACCUGGAGUCCCAAGAGGCUGUUUCACCCAGUCUAGUGGUUAUCUUCUACAGUACUGUUUUUGGACCCUUCCUAUUUUAUUCUGGUUUAGUUUCAUGCAUGGAACAUCCACACGUCUUAAAAACAAAGCCUGCCAACUGACUUUGUCAAUUCACUGCACACACUGAUUAUCACACUGUGUUGUGUUUUUCCCCAUCUCUUUUUCUUGCCUCUGCAAUAAGUUUACUCUUCACUUCGCUACGCCCAAUAUAGAAAGAUGAGUCGGGCAGUGUUUCUAUUCCUGUCAUUGCCUCUGACUCACUGUAUGGUUUCUUAAGCAUUUGCAUCUUGCAUCCUGGUAUCUAGGAAGAUGAAUGUGAUUGUCAAUAUUUUCUCUAGGAUCAGGGCAUUAAUAAUGUCUCACUUCUUGUGGUCUCAAUUGUGCUUAAUAAGAGUUGUGUCCAAAGCACAGACUUCUACCAGCGAGACUAUUAGUAGGGGCUCUCACUUCUACCUAGAUUCCUACUUCAAUUACAUCUCUAGGAUCUUAAUUUUUUAGAGCUCUUCUUCUCAGCAAGAUUUGUCUUCAGCCGGCAGCCUCAAAAACUCAAGGUAGGGCAUGUGCACAAAAACAUGCAUACAAAACAGUAUGCGCACAUUCACUUUCCUUUUUAACGAAUGCUAAACUGGAGAUAAACAGAGACACUGAGUACAGGUUUUUCCAUAAUGCUGCCUACCUCCUGCUACAGAGCCAUGCAGCAACACUGCUGAACAUACAAAAAUGUUGCUCUUUCAUUUUUGGUAUUUCUCUGCCUUAAUUUCAUCUACUGUCUUGUUAACCAUUUUUAACAGACUCCAUUCUUCAGGAUCAUUUCCCUGAUUGUUAAAGAGCAAGCAUAUUGAAUAAAAUUAGCAAACAUAUAUGAUUCUUUCAAACAAAGAUUUAGUUUUAGCACUGUAGUGAAAGCCAGAGACUUCCUACAGCUUGCAGAUGCUGACAGAAUCCAUGUAUAUGGAAAUACAGAUGGCUCCAAAUAAGCCAAGGUGUGCCAACUGCUUCCAUCUUACAGCCUAUGUUAUUUUGACAGCAACUAUUACUUUAACAAAGCAUAUAUUUUAUCAGAGAAAAUUGCUAAGUAGUGAGUUUGUCUUAUAGACAAACACACAAACAAGGAACGUAUUUCAGUUCCCAGAGACACAGCAAGAACAGCACACAGUACUGCACUAUGAAGAAUCUGGUCUCCAAGGCACAAAGCAACUUGGAUCUUAAAAGCCACGACCAAAUGUUAACAAUCUGUUAUAAGCUGACACAAUGCACCCUGCUUAUCCCAAACAUGAGGAUUUUUACAGGGUGAGCUGCCAGCCUUACUAUUCAAAAUUUGUGUUAAAUGUUCCACUCUCUAUUUUAACUACCAGGAAUAUCUUCACCGUACAGUGGAAAUCAGACAGUUCCUGGCUUGGCAAUUAUUUACAGUGACACUGGUGGGUGAAGUAGUUUUAGUUGGAGGCAAAUGAAAAAAUAAAACAAAAAUCUCAUCUAGAAAGAGGUGCCUGUUUGACGUGCUAAGUGAUGACAUGAGUUGAUCUCUGCUAUUUACAUUCCAACAUAUAUAUUCUUUUUUUGUGAUGGGAUUAUCAUACACAUUUUUCAAAAAGAAAAGAUUAUUCUGUCUCUGCAUUUGGACACCUUCCCUAAAGCAGGCUGUAAAUGUAUGCAAGACACAUUUAUAUAACAACACGUAUGUCAUUAUAAAAGCAAAUGGAAAUACUGAAAUGCAUCAGGAAACACCUUAGGCUGAAAUCUCCACAGGCAGUUUUUGGGUGCUAAUUUCUGUAGAAAUGCACAGCCAGCCUUCUGCCAACACCAAAAACCCAUGCUGGAGAGCUCUGAGGCUUCCACACUGUCGGUUUCUUGACUCCAGAGCAAACAGCAAAACAGAGUCACUACAGUGUGGUGAGAAGGCAGCUUCCACAGCAUCCACCCAGACUUGGUAGCGCUCAGUGUAGGCAGAUGCCAAGCAUUACCCUGCUCUUUAGGAAACCAGACAUCUCAUCGCAGUCUUCCCGGCACUCACGCAGGAGCUCACCGAGCGCUGUGAAGGCUCUGACGGGCACUGCCCUUCUGCUGGUAGGGGGCCGCGGCUCUGCCCGGCACAGAGCAGCCCUCGGGGCCCAUCCACCCGACCUCUAGGGCCGCCGCGCUCCGAGACGAUGCUGAGCAGAGAGCCGGUGCCUCCGCCCCGCAGCCGCCGGCAGAGAGCAGCGUGGGGCACGGCGGGGUGCGGUGAGUAGCGCGACGCGCGGCCGGAGAUGUCCCCACGGCAGCGGAGAGCCCCGCAUGGCGAGCACAGCGGGCGGCCCGCGGGCACUGCGGGCACUGACCGGCUGCCUGUUGGGUGCCCUGGUGCUGGGCACGCUGGCGGGCAAUGCGCUGGUGUGCCUGGCUGUCCUGCGCUUCCGCCACCUGCGUACUAAAGUCACCAACUGGUUUGUGCUGUCAUUGGCUGUCUCCGAUCUCUGCGUGGCCAUCCUGGUGAUGCCCUGGAAGGCGGUCACUGAGGUGGCUGGUGGCUUCUGGCUCUUUGGCAGCCGCUUUUGUGACACCUGGGUGGCCUUUGACAUUAUGUGCUCCACUGCCUCCAUCCUCCACCUCUGCAUCAUCAGCCUGGACCGGUAUUGGGCCAUCGCCAGCCCCUUUCGCUAUGAGCGCCGGAUGACGCAGCGCCUGGCCUGCGCCAUGAUCACCGCGGCCUGGGCCCUCUCCAUCCUCAUCUCCUUUGUCCCUGUGCAGCUGCACUGGCACAAAGCGAAGGACAGGAGGUACCCCAGCUCCCGCUGCGAUGUCAGCCUGAACCGCACCUAUGCCAUCACCUCCUCCCUCAUCAGCUUCUACAUCCCUGUGGCCAUAAUGAUCGUCACCUACACCAGGAUCUAUCGCAUUGCCCAGGCCCAGAUCCGCCGCAUCUCCACCCUGGAGCGAGCAGGCGGGCAGUGGCCAUCCCAAGGCAAGGAGCCUGCCUCUACUCUGCGCAGCUCCCUGCGCAAGGAGACCAAGGUGCUGCAGACUCUCUCCAUCAUAAUGGGAGUCUUUGUUUGCUUCUGGCUGCCCUUCUUCCUGCUCAACUGCCUGCUACCUUUCUGCCAGCCCCAGAGUGACAGCAAUGGGCAGUCACCCUGUGUCAGCCAAACCACCUUCAAUGUCUUUGUGUGGUUUGGCUGGGCCAACUCCUCUGUGAACCCGGUGAUCUAUGCUUUCAAUGCAGACUUCCGUCGGGCUUUCAGCAGCCUGCUGGGCUGCCAGUCUCUCUGUUGCAGCACCCCCAGGGCUACAGUGGAGAGAGUCAACCUCAGCAAUGAGCUGGUCUCCUACCACCAGGACACCACCUGCCAGAAGGAUGGAGCCACUGCCACCAUGCCACCCACCACUGUCACAGCCUGGGUGCAGGCCGAGUCACACAUGGUGAGUCCUCAGCUGGAGGACAGAGAGGAGCUCCCUGUGGAGGAGAGGCCCAUGAAGGCCCCAGUACAGGCUAUUCCAGGCAGCAGCCCCAAGAGUUACCAUGCGACAGCCACUUCGCAAUUGGACUGUGGGGCAGAGCUGUCCCUGGAGAUUAUUAACACCUUCACAGGGCAUGGCAGGCAUGAGGAACACUGUCACCCCAUUCCAGAGGGAUAAGCAAUUGCAUGUUUCACACACAGGGCUGUCACACAGAGACAUCCACAUAAAGUACGCCUAUACUACUGAAAAACCCCAAACCGGAGGGAUGGGAAACACUGUUUCUACCCCAGAGGAGUGACAUGUGUAUGGACUCCAUUCUAAAAGCGCACAGCAAUCAAUAUAUUGACCUCUUGCCACUGCCACCUUCACCCCUUACCCUCUUUUAUAGUAGGCAGAUAUUUCCCACACAUCUGAUUGCCCCAACACUUCAGUCAAACUAACUUGUGAGAUUGAAAAUUGCACAAUAACAACAUUUACAUAAAAAACUGGGUUUAUUUCAAAGCUGUGUGUCUGGAUUUAUACAGAAGGAUCUCUGUUUAGGCUUCAAAAAUUGCUUAGUUAAAACUUCAUCUUACGUUGAGUCAGAAGACUGUCCAACCCCUGGAAAAUGCAGCUGCUGUUAUGCAGGACCCCAAGCACAGUUUCAGGUAUCAAACUCUGGAAUCAGCAUUUAAUGAUGUGGAACUAGACUAUUCCUAGCAAUUACCCACCUUUUAGCAUCACUCACAUACCCAGCACUUAACAGCUGUCAUUCAGCAUGUUCAGUGCCUCGCCUGGGGACCAAUACUGAACAAACACAGUAUUUCCUUAAAAGAGAUGGAUCAUUGUUCGCUGUUUUGUUUCCCUUUGGUUAUUUUCUCAGUGAUCGUAUAUGAACUGCACAUAGAUUCAGAAGCUAAAGGGUCAACAUCAAUUUGUUUGAGGAUUUUUCUUGCUACAUUUCUUACUUACACAAAUCAGAAAGUCAUACCGUAAGAGUGGCAACAUCUUUUAUCUCCUCCAAAAGAACAAGACAACAUCCUAGAGCUGCAAGGCAUCUCAUCUCACCCCACAGUGUUCCACAAUAGAGCCAUCCUGGAAUGUCCUGGCACACCAAUAAAAGAGUUUUUUGUGCUAAGAAUGGAAAAUGCUUUUUCUAUCAGUUCUUGUGGUUAUGAUUUAAAUAAGGUUCACUAACAGGUACCUAGAAAUGAACAGGUCUUGACUUAAAGAAAAAAACAGCUUGGCCUGUAUUUCCAAAGCUUACUAAAUAGACAGUUUAGAAUUGCUCUUUGUAAGUGAUUCUGGAGAGGUUUCAUAGAAUUGUAGAAAGUUUGUUUGCACCUAAAUUAUAAUGGUCUUUAUUGAUGUGCAGAUGAUACACAUUAUGGUAUUCUACAGCUGUACAAACUGUUGUAGUAAACAAAAUGUAAUGCUCAAGUCUGUAACAAACUUCAGAAAUACUGUACUAUAAAUUGUCUAUACUCAUUCUAAGCGGCAUAUUACUCAAGGUGCUUCCUGUGAAAAUUACCUUGCAUAGCCCUUCAGGCUGCAUUCGUCAAUGAUUUAAUAAUAAUAUAUAAAUAUUGA